AUCCUGGGGUUAUUCGAGCAGUGCUGAUACGUGGACGACCGCACCUGCUUCCACUUGGGUGGCUUCAACGGCUACGACUAUGGCCUAUUCUACCCCAGCAUAUGGAUCUGGUAGCUGGGGUGGUUCCUCGUCCCCUUAUGACAGCUGUGUCCAACAAUGUAUCGCAUCCUACGGCUCUCCUAUGGCAUCAUAUACGCCGCCAACGGCUACCAGCACUAUGGCCAGCAGCGGUAGCGGCAGUGGCAUGACCCACACCGUUAUUGUUGCCCCGACUCAAGGUGUUCUCCGCUACGUGCCAUUCGCAAUCAAUGCAUCUGUCGGCGAUACCGUCAUGUUCGUUUGGAACGCGAACGAGCACACCGUCACCAAGUCCUCCGAGCUCGCUAUCUGCAACGAGACCUCUGCCUCACCUUUCGCUUCUGGGGAGCAAAACAAGAGCUUCACGUUCACCCAAAUGGUCAACGAUACUAACUCUACUUUCUUCUACUGCGGCACACCUGGACACUGUGAGAAGGGAAUGUUCGGAAUAAUCAACCCACCUAACGCUGCAAUGGGAAGCAACACUUCUCUCAGCAGCAUGAUGCCUGCCAUGGUUGCCAACAGCUCAACCAUGUCUGCUAUGUGGUCGUACACUAACAUGAUGACAUCCAACAACUCUGCCGCUGCAAGCUGGGGUAGUAACAUUGAUAUGUCCUCCAUGCCUGAGUGGGCUAUGUCACUUGUUGCUGAGAAUGUCAUGUACUCGCGAACAUUCUUAGCCGCUAACCCAGAAACUCUGGAUGCUACAGGAAACGUUAAUCUCGGUGCAGCAGGAAGCACCCCAUUGAUGGUGCCCAUGGACAUCACUGCCGUUAUGAGCAACAGCACUAGCAACAGCACUGCUGCUAUGGCUGCCGGCUCCUCUCCUUCGACCUCUGCAGGCUCGACAACACCAACCACCACAAAUGGUGCCCGAGCUCUUGCAUCUCCAAAUAUGCUUGCAGGCCUCAUUACGCUUGCUGCAAUCGCCUUUGCACUCUAACAAGGUGGACUGUAGUGGUUCGUUUUUAACUCUGAGGAGUUGCGCUACGUACUGUACAUACGUUACAUGGCUCAGGACAUGCCAAGAUUCUGCUGCUUCGUUGUUUCUUUUCUUCCUAUCUCAUGGACAUUUAUUAACUUAACCUUUCCGUUAUUAUAACUUCUUUUGUGUGGAGUCUUUUUUAACAGACUCGCUUACUGGUGACAGUCGUUUGAAGCGAUACAUGUUUGCUACGAAAAAAGUUGUAUCGGUAGUACUACUCACUGAAAUGAAAGGCUACGGAGUCGAUGGCGAACUUGUACCACCACUUGUUGACAUAGGUGCUUACUUCAAUAUUGCGACUGAUCGACAAUUUGAAGAAGUUGUGAUUAACUAGCAAGGUUAUUGAUAUGAAGAUGUGAAUAAAGUAACUCGGAGCCGGUUCAUCAAAACCGCAUUCACGAUGCUUUUUGGUACCGCACGGUUGACAUCGGCACUACUGAAUUUUCACGCCUUGUCUCCUGCACAGCUGCGUUAACAAGUGAUAACAGAGGUAGGGGGAGAAGUUAAGGGAUAACUGAGUAUUGUUUACGUCGAGCUAUUAGAUGGUAUAUGCAGGUAGUGGGUCACGGAAAGGAUUCGAUUCGGCAGUGCUAACAGGUCUGGUGUGCGAGCCUUCUCUACUGAUACAUGACGGUGGUGGCAGAGACUGGACGGCGGAAGGGCGAGAAAAGCACCAUCGCGCCAUUCUGGGCAAGCCCUUCUAUCACUGAGUUUCUGAAAGGGUCUGGAUGAGCAAAGCUAAGUCCCGCGUGAUAGUCUUCCCUUCUACUGCUGUCAUGUGGCAAUGUCACGGAGUACAGCCGAAACAGAGGGUGGAUGAUAGGAUGGAAAGAAUCUGAUUCGGCAGUACCAGAAGUCUCGGCGCGAUACUCUCUUCCGCUGGCAUAUGACGAUACAAUUGAUGAUGGUAGGGACGGGGGUGGGAUAAGCGGAAAACGAGGGACGCCGACCACCAACGGCUUGUUCCUUACAGGCUCCUCAGCCCUUGCGUCGUCGAAAGGAUUGAAGUCAACGAUACUGCCAGUGCUAGCGAGGCGCUCUUGCCUACUACUAUACAACGGUAAGGAAGGUGAUUGAAGAUGAGGGGGAUCUGCCGCAGUGCUGCUGGCCCGUGCGGGCUCCCCCAGACUUGGCAGUGGAAGUGCACUAAAUGGACGCGGAGGGGGGUGAGAUUGAAACUGGGAAGAAGAACGGCGGCGAAAACGAAGUAGAAAUACUGAGAGUAUAACGAUCACAAUGAUACCAAUGACUCCACCAAUGAUACCCCCCGUAACAGGGCCUGUGAUUGAUUUUGAGCUAUGGGUGGACAUGAGGGAUGUGGGUGGACUUUGUGUGACGACAAGGGUGGAAACAGGAGCCCCUGAUGUAGAAACAUUUGGGGAAGGACUGAUGACACAUGAUGUAUCAACUCCAUCGGCGACAACAAAUGCAUUGGACAGGUUAUGCAACGCUGCAGUGGAGCCUUGUAAGGCAUAUGUGCCUUGUACAUUUACCGCAUCCCAGAUCCAGAAUGAGGACGAUGUAUUGGCACUAGAUAGAUAAACGCUGGGCAGGUCGUUCAAAGGUUGUACUGUGUUGUUUAUGACUGUUACGUGGACCGCGGAUAGUGAAAGAUAGGCUGAAGGACCAUAGUACAUCCACGAAAUGUUGGCUAAUGUACAAGUGGUCGUGUUCAGGACAGUGUUAAACACCAGAGCAGAGAGCAAAGACUGUUCUGCAGAGGAACCACCAACGCCACUUUGGGAGCUUUCCAUAGUUGCUGAAGCUCCUGCUGGUGUGAU